AUGACAGUCACGGUCAUGCUAACGGAGCGGUUCCAACUCUGGAACGACCAACACCUGACGGUCCAGCGGCAUGUCCACAUUCCACUACAAGCGAGGGGGACAUGCAAGCCACCCUUGUUGGAGAACUUGAAUCUGUAUCAGAGAAGGUAUCGCGUAGAGAAAGUUUCACAAAAGCUGUCCUCGCUAUGCCGCCCAAGCUGCGCGACGCGUCCUUCCGAUGGCAUCACGAAAGAGCACAGUGAUGCAGGGCCGCGUCAAGAUGGAAGUGUACUCGCAGUACCUCCAAGCAGCGUCGAAAAAAGGGUUCCUGAUCUUUGUACUCGCUACGGUUCUGCAGCAGAUGGUAUCUGUCAUGUCACCGUAAUGCUCAGGCUUUGGGGCGAGCAUAACCGCGAGAUGGGUGCCAACGCGGGAUUGACCGACAAGCGCAUGUGCUGCGCUUCUGAUUUGGGUUUUCUGCUCGCUUCGGAGCUCAAGCACCUUCAUGAUUCGAUGCUGCAUUCGGUCAUGCGUGCGCCCCUCAGCUUUUUUGAGACAACGCCAACGGGACGUAUCUUGAACUUGUUUUCUCGUGAUACAUAUGUUGUCGAUCAAAUCCUGGCGCGAGUGAUCCAAAAUCUGAUACGCACAAGCGCGGUUUGCGCUUCUAUUUUAUUGGUCAUCGGGUUCAGCUUCCCGCCCUUCUUGAUCGCCGUCGUUCCUCUGGCAUGGUUCUACUACAAGAUCACCGUGUACUAUCUCGCGACGUCACGGGAACUCAAGCGUCUGGAUGCGGUGUCCCGCUCACCCAUCUUUGCGUGGUUCUCGGAAUCCCUGGCUGGAAUUUCGACUAUCCGGCGUACGAACAACAAGCCGUUUUCAUUGCGAACAAUGCUCGUCGUAUUGAUCGCAACCAGUUGUGCUACCUUCCUAGUACUGCCGUCAAUCCGAUGGCUUGCAGUAAGAUUGGAGUUCGUUGGAGCAGUGAUCAUCUUCGUCACUGCUGUUUUGGCUGUCUCUGCCGUCAUGACCAGCAACGUUGAUGCAGGAUUGGUCGGUCUAGUUCUGUCAUAUGCUUUGAACACAACAGGUUCACUGAACUGGUUCGUCCGCUCCGCAAGUGAAGUAGAACAGAAUGUGGUUAGCGUCGAGCGUAUUGUCCACUACGCCAAAGACCUUGAGCCAGAAGCUCCUUACGAGAUCCCUGAGAAUAAGCCCACCUCUGAGUGGCCCACAGCUGGGGAAGUUGAAUUCCGGGACUACUCAGCACGGUAUCGGCCCGGGCUUGAUCUAGUCCUCAAGGAUAUUUCCAUGACCAUAAAACCGAAAGAGAACAUCGGAAUAUGUGGCCGGACUGGGGCAGGGAAAUCAUCGCUUCUUCUUGCCCUCUUCCGGAUCAUCGAGCCUGCAUCCGGAGCUAUCUUCAUUGACAAAGUAGACAUUACCAAACUUGGCUUGCAUGACUUGCGGUCCGCGAUAUCCAUUGUUCCUCAAAACCCAGAUUUGUUUGAGGGGACAUUGCGAGAGAACAUUGACCCUGUUGGCGAGCAUCAGGAUGUUGAUAUAUGGACUGCUCUGGAACAUGCCCAUCUGAAGGCAUAUGUCGAUUCACUCCCUGGGGGACUAGAUGCUCCGGUUCAGGAGGCCGGAUCAUCACUUUCAGCAGGUCAGAGACAGCUCUUGUGUUUCGCGAGGGCGCUCUUGCGCAAGACUAAAGUGCUCGUCCUCGACGAAGCAACAUCUGCAGUUGACCUAGAUACCGACCGAGCGAUUCAAGAAAUUAUCCGGGGUCCAAUCUUCCGCGAUGUGACCAUUCUAACUAUUGCGCACCGCUUGAAUACGAUCAUGGAGUCUGAUAGGAUUCUUGUUCUAGAUGCUGGGAGGAUUGCAGAAUUUGAUACUCCAAAGAAGCUGCUGGAGAACAAGAGUUCUAUCUUCCGUUCUAUGGCGAUGGAGGCUGGUCUAGUUCAGGUCCACCUUGAUGAUGCAGAAGUGAACGCACAGGAGUAAAUAUACCUAAUCAUGCACAAUAUUUCUUCAAGGGUCUUGUUCAGAAAUAUGACGUCAUAACUAUGUAGAUAUUGCCAUGUUCUUGCUCUGAAUCUUAUGUUUCGCUAUCAGCUAUUCAA